AUGGCGUCAGUCGUACCAGUGAAGGAGAAGAAGCUCAUGGAUGGGAAAUUAGGAGAGCUGCCCAGCUGGAUACUGAUGCGGGAUUUCACCCCUAAGGGCAUUGCUGGAGCAUUUCAAAGAGGUUACUACCGGUAUUACAACAAGUAUGUCAAUGUGAAGAAAGGGGGCGUUGCUGGGAUUUCUAUGGUGCUGGCAGCUUUUAUGUUUUUCAACUACUGUUGUUGUUACAAGGAACUCAAACACAAGGGGCUACGCAAGUACCACUGA